GACCGCGAACGUCAACGGUCACACACACGCUUGCUUCUUAUAGGUGUCACGGGUCACGUCGUUUGCCACUUGGCGUCAAUUUACAAAGUAUUAUACGGUGCGCGAUAUUAGUACGUUCAUUACGCGGACGCCAGACUUUAAUAAACAUUAUUUAGUCCGUUAAUUUACACAAUACAUUUUUCCGUCGUUUUAUUUUUUGUGAUAUUUGUUUAUUAUUAUUAUUAUUUUUUUUUUUUUCAUAAACACAUAUACACAAACACUAUUGACGUUUUCGCGCCGGCAAACCGAACAUAUUGUAACGCCGUCGUACUAUCACGGUUAUGUGCUGCGCGUAUUUAAAUACGUGCCCGAAAACUCAGUAAUAUUAUAAAAACGACAACGUUAUAGAUAGGCCCGCGUGCCUAUAAUCGUAUCUAGGCAUUAUACACAUUGUCGGUCGUGUGUCUUGUCUUGUGAUCGUUUGAAUCGCGUGAAGAACACAAUUGGGGGAUGCGUGAUGGUCGAACCGCGCGCGAUAACGGUGGUGUUUUACGUGAUGGCCGCGUUGACGUGGACGGCGAUGUCCGCGGAGUCUGUCGGCGGGCCCGCAGAUCCUACCGUCGGUAAUUAUUUUACAAGCACCGACGAUCGUCACCACGAUCGGCGACCCGCGAAUCCCGUCGUCGAGCAACCGGCCCAGCAACAGCAACCGCAGUCCCAGCAACAGCAACAGGAGCCCAGAAGGUUCAGGCACGAGGCGUCCGCGGUCAAAGUGCUCUACCAGACCGGGGUGAGCAUAUAAUAUUAUUAUAUCAAUACAUUAUUAUUGUAGUUUUUUUUUUUUUUGAAGUCUCGAGGGGCGAAAAAUAAACGAAAAUAGCUUUUUUUCGAAUACGCAUUUCGGUUUUACGGUAGGUGUGAUAUGUUAAGCACCACUGGUAUUAAAUACGAACGCGCGCGAGUGUGUGUGUGUGUGUGUGCGCGCAACGUAUAAUAAUAAUAUUCCGCGUUAAGGCCCCGCGGGCCGUAAUCGCCAACUAGGCGCCUUUAUAACUUUGUCUCAGGCGCCACCGCAUCGCUAUAAUACACGCGCGCGCACAAACAGCUCGAGAGAUUGUACGGGCCGAUACGUAUACGUACGUAUGUUUUUUUUCAUUCUGUCUUUCUUUCUUUCUAUUAUUAUUAUUAUUAUUAUCAUCAUCAUCGUGCUCGUAUGUAUACAUAUAUAUAAACCAGAUUGGUGGUAGGCAGCAGCGGCAGCAGCAGCAGCAGCAGCAGUGUUUGAAUAUGAAGCUGGUUUGACCGGAUCGCGGGCGAGCGUGCGUGCGCAUACGUAUACAUACGUACAAACGUAUUGUAGAGUACAAUAAUACAAUAAUAUUUAUUACGUUAUUAUUACGUGUACGAGGGUUCCCCCGGGAAUCGGCCCGACGAAACGUAAAAUUCCGGAAAACUCGAGUCCGGGUCCCCCGCCGCGAGUUAAUGUUCCGUCGCUCGCACGAAUCGAACGCGGACCGACGGUUCCGUCGGUCCGCGCGCGUACUCCGCCGCCCACCAAUACCGAAAUGCACCGAGCGACGCGCUUGUGAUUUUGUUUUGGGAAACGUAACGUUUUCCGAACCGCCUCGUUUUUUCGCCCAGUACCGUUUCGUAAAAAAGUAACCCGAAUAAUAUGUUAAACCGCGUUCAUUACGAAAUCUAUUGCAGUAUUGACGGUAUUUUUUCUAAGGGCCAAAGAUAUUUCGAUAGACAAACAAUAAACUUUGCUGGUGUGCUGCACACGCUCGAAUCGGGUCCGUCGCUGUCACGACUGCGAGACGAUACGGAAUCGAUAGAUGAUAAAACCCCGCGACUUUUUUUCGCCUAUAAACUCGAGGGUUAUUUACCAUCGAAUUCCGGAGACAAAGCUGCGGUACACGUUUUCUUUUUUUUUUUUUCCGACGGUCGGGUAAUUUUAAAACGUUUACUUAAACAAACGGUUUCAUCGAAUAUUUUGUUUAGCCGUACCGUUUUUGCCGGGUCCAUGCUAAUAUAGUGGGACUCCGUACACAUGGGUACUAGCCUACGUAAUCUAACCUAUAGGUUGCAAGGCUAACACGCCAGUCUCGACUCAUACUGUGUACUCGUUAAAACACGAGUCGGACCAUUUUCGGUAUUUUGUAUUUACCGCUGCACUUACGUAAAAAUGAUACUCGUGAUCCUGAAGUACGCACUGCGUGCACCGGGGACGUAGGACGGCCUAAACUAAAUUAGAAGUUUAAAAUAAAACGCGGAACGUUUAUAUCACGAUUAAAGUGCGUACGGAAAUGUGAAAUUAGCGUCAUUUUUUCCAUUUAACAAAGAAUAUACUUAAAGAAAAUUUCAAAAAAUUAUCUCGCGCCGAACGCACUAACUUUUGCUAAAAAUACUAUACUACAUUUUUCUAAAAUCUUCAAUAUUACCGUCAUCGAAUUUGCCCUACCCUUAGGCGCAACUAGACCACCAAUUCUGGGGGCGGUAAAAUUAUGGACACAUCAAAGACCCAGGCCCCCACAAUCCACUUUACAUGACUCUUACAAUAGUUAACUAUACCUUUCAUUCACAAUUUUGUAUAUACAAAUUUAUCAUGAUUAUUUUAACAUUAUUUUUCAUACACUCGUGCAUUGUCUGUGGGAAACCUGUAUUCUGUUUAGUUUAUUAACUAGGAAAAAUACAUGGAUUAAAAUAUUUUGUCAUUACUAUGAAAAAACCUUGAUUGGGGACGCUAAUUUUAAACUCGGAAAUGCUCAAGACCCCCUAGCACCUCCUAGUUGCGCAUACGGUCUUACCCACCUUUACAGGCGCAUAACAUGACAUUGUUGAUGUUUAGCUUUUUCGUUUUAUCCCGUAUAAAGAGCUGGCUUUAAUUCGAACUAUUUACGCGUUUUUUUCAUCAUUGUUAUUAUGUUUUUGUUUUUUUUUUUUUAUAAACUUGUGCCCUUAUUAAUUAGACAUAGCAAUUUUUGUUUAUCUUUGGAAAAAUACCCGGCCCCAAAAUCUGUAAACCGGACGGUAAAACGACACAGCGACUCAAAUACAUAAAUAUAUAACAUUAUUUCGUUUUUCCGGUUUCGUAACUGCAAUGAUAAUAUUAUGUUAUAUAAUAUGGCACGAGGAAUAUAGUUUUUUUUUAUUUAUUUAUUUUGUCGACCCGGAUAAUCGCUUGGGCGCGCGACAAACACAUAAUCUCUCGUUUUUUAGUGAACUGUAACAGUUUUGGUUCCUCCGAAAAACGACCUUGGACCGUUACUGUCAUACGUCAUUAAAUAACGUUACGAAAAAAAAAAAAAAGAAAUGAAUAAAAAUUCUUCUAUUCUUCCUACGGCCCGAAUGUACCAUUUUCUUCGGCCGUAAUUUUUUCUCCGUGGAUAUCAAUAAUUUCGAUUAUAAAAAUACAUUUCGGAACGAAAUUCGGGUUUUCUUGAAACAAAAAAUAUAAAUAUAUUUGUUACGCCACUCGAAAAAUGCGUGCAAGUUUUAAUAUUUUUCCAUCAGAUCAAUUUCUAACGGCGUAAAAGUGAAACAAAAAAUAUUCGUCUCGACUGCGCAUCGUGUCGUCAAAACCAAAAAUUAUUUUAUUUUCGUUUGCACUCGUUUGGACCACUCUUAUAAUGCCGAAAUAAUAAUGUUAUAAUCGAGCGAUUGCGGUAAGGCUACAUAUUUUAGGUGCGUACAUACCAUAUUUCUGCAUAAUUUUCAAAAAAUUUUAAAAUAUCACAACUUGUUUUAAAAACACACAAUAUAUCGUUUAUCUGAGGGAAGAAGAGGUUAAUUUUCGGCAUUUUUUUUUUUCUUAAAUUUAUCAUAUCAUUUUUCCCCUCUUUAUUUUUGGUUUAAAUGGCCAAACACGUGUUUUACUGAACAUUUUAAUAUUUCAAAUCGCUGUGAUGUAUAUUUUUCGUUUCACGAAAAGUCUGAAGCCAUAUAAUUAAAUGGUAUAAGCCAUUAUUUAUAAGUUAGGCCAUACAGCAAUUUAUACUCAGCCAUUGAUCAAUUUUCAAAAUUUAAUUUGCUUGUAUUGAAGACUAUAUACAAAACUGACUCGAGUCUGACACUGAUAAUCAAGUUUUCAUAAUAUUAAUUAAAUGGCUGCUGAGAUACACAGAGGCGGCAUGCGUUUAAAAUCGAAUUAUUUCAAUUCUCUAUAACCCACAUAAUAUAGGGAAUUUAUAGAUACCAGUUUCGCGUUACACGCAUUUAUUACGGCUCGAGAUAAUCUCGUGUUGGAUACUGUAUCAUUAUAAACACAUACACACACACACACACACACACGUGUCGUCCGAUCUCGUCGAUAUAUCAUUACAUAUACACGCGUAUACAGCAGAAUGGCAAUCGUGAACUUUCACAUCGACACAAUAAUAAUAUAUACACGUUACACGAUGUUAUCAUGCCGCAUACAAAAUACUAUUUAGGCGCCGGUGUAUGUUUUGGAAGGCAUCGGUCGAGACGAUAUUUUAUCACCCGCACUAUUGAAAACUCUACACGAUAUUACGUAAUGCCUACUCAAGAACGAGUUGCGCGUUCGUCUUAUACGACCGCGUGACAUGGCAAAUAUUGUCGUUCGGCAGGGACAGUGACUCCCUGGGCCUCGGUUUUCUUCAGAGUGCGUUCUUUAUGCGUGCAUUUCACCGUUGACUUUGCAUACCGUGAUGAUGUUUUGAUAAUUUUUCGUUGCUUGAUGACGACUUAUCCCGUAUUAUUAUAAAAAAAAAAAAAAAAUAGUAGAAACUACUAUACGGUAUACCUUGUUAUAAACAGUAUAUUUAUUUAUUCAUAUAGUACUCGUGGCUUUUGAAUAUUGAAGUCUAUAUCAGUAAACACGUUUAAAAAACGUUUAUUAUUAUUAAUCGUAUUAAUCUUUAGAGAUCCCGGGGUCUCUAAAUAUCUUAAUCCGGGCUUGGCUGUGCCGUUAGUUUCGAUAUUAUAGAUUGAGUGCAUCGACCUUAUUACUAUCAAACUUAAAGAUAAGAACAUAUUUGAAUAUAAUAAGAACAUUAUCUGUGUCGUGUCGUCGUUUUUUUUUUUUUUUUGUUUAAUAAUUUUAAUUUUCAAGCGAGAUAUAAUAAGCGUUUUUAAAUUUGUGGUAUUUUACACACACACUUGUACCAUGCGUAACUGAAUUACGGUUAGCGUGUACCAUUAUCAAUUAUUCGAAACUCACGUCCGCUAAAAAACUCUUGGCGUUGUUUUAUACCGUAGGAUUUGUAAUUUACAAUUUUAUAUACUAUAAUAUAGGAGACUAUACUUUAAAGAUCGAGAUUUAGUUGUUAGGAUAAAUCAACACAGUGAUACUAAAUACUUGAAAAUGAUUUUUUUGUUUUUUUAAUUAAGUUCAAAUAAUAAUAAAAACCAAAUUCUUUAUUUUUACGAAAUUAUGUCAAUAUCUAAUAACAGUGGAAAAUCAAAUUUUUUUUUUUUUCAUUUGUCUUGACGUUAAUAUUAUUUUAUUUAAAUAUCUAUAAUAAAUGAAAAACGAUUUUUCCUCGAUUUGAAAAAAAAUCAGUCAGUAUAAGUUUAAAGCGUGCUAUACGCCCGACGACGUACCCCGUAUAGCUCUGCGCCCAUGGCUGCGCUCAGAAUCUAUAAAAUACUCCGGGCCGAUACGUUUUCGACCGAAACUUUUACUACGGGCCGCGUUGCGUAAGUGUAGGCACGCGUAAUAUUUUUAAUUUUUUUUAUUGCCGAUGUUUAUGUUUAUUUCGCUGUGUCAUCGCGUUUGCAUUUCCGCACCCGGCCGCAGACGAAAUCGUACACCUGUCCACCGUACACGAUUUUUAGGAUAUUAUAUAUUAAAAACGUACAGUACGGCGACAAUUAAAAAAAAAAAAAAAAAUUAAAAAAAGCAUAGGCGUAUUGCAGUGUAGUAUAUCGGAGCCGUCAGAAGUUGCACAACGUUUCGUUUAGUAAUAAUAAAUACUAUAAUUAGCCGGUAUAUACAGGGUGUCCCACGGAGAUCUGACAUUCGCGACAACGGCAUAUUGUUCUGCUUAAUAUAUUAUUUUGGUGUUUUUUUUUUCAGUUUUUUUCUUUACAUGAUAAUUUGUUUUAAUUCAAAAAAUAUAAAAUAUCAUCGCAGGAUAAUAGUAAUUGUUUCGAAAAAAUGAUAACUGAAAAAUAUCGAACAGAAUUGUCGUAUUUCCGCGUGGUACACCCUGUGUGUACGCGUACUUCCUGGCCCGAGCGCAAAGUCGAUAAGUAAAAUGUAUACAUUUUUUUUUCUGUCCUCGCGCGGUGUUCCGAUUUCGUCGUCGGUACUUCCUGUCCGAGCGCAUUAUUUGUUUUUGCCCUUCUGCAAGUCUACCCAGGGCCGGAUCAAAGGGGGAAGGCAGAAGAGGGGACACUUGCGUGCUUCGCAAAAUAAAAUCGCAAUUAUCGGUUAGACGCGACAUUGUUUUUUGUUUUGUGUUUAUUAGUUCGAUUGCCUAUACACGCGGGCACGUAAUGCUCCGAGACGCGCGAAAUCGUAAAACUAAUCGUCGCAGCGAGCCCGUCGUGAAUUGCAUCACGUUUAUGAAAAAAAAAAAAAAAACAAAACAAAAAAAGCAAAAAGCAAUGUCUUGGAUUUCAGGGCGGAAAUAGCGGGAAUCGAAAAACAAGCACGAAAUCGUAUAUACAAAUGUAACCUUUUUUUUUUCUCUCCUCAUUUUUGUUUGCCUAUUAUAGUGUUUCGACCGUUUAGAACCGAAGUCCGCAAUGGCUCGAGGCGAAAACUAAUCCGGGGGCCCCGGGUCCACGUGUACCUGCACUACAACGACAAUAAUAACAACGAUAAUUGUAUUACGUAUUCGGUACACGGCGGGGCUACCGUGCGCCGCUGAUAAUAUAUUAUGUACACACACACACACACACACACACACACACACACACACACACACACACACGCACACGCGGAGACCGUAUCAUCGUUUUGACGGCUCGGCGUAUUAUAAUAAUGCGGUCGCUACUGGUUUUUUUUCUCGAGUCUCGGUCCGAGAGGGAUGUGGAAAAAAAAACCGAAAAAAAAGAUCGGAGGACGACGAAAAAAAAACCGAGAUACGUAUAAUAUUAUAACCUUAAAAUUACCGCACCAGUCGGGUGCCUAUUCUUCGUCGUUCCGUUCGUUCGUUCGUUUUUUUUUUCCCCGCGUCGGCUUAGCGGUCAUCAUCGCUAUAUAUAUAUAUAUAUAUAUAUGUGUUUAUGUAUAUAACAUAAUACGCGCGUAUAUACAUAAUGCACGCGGGAGAAAAAAAAAACGUACAUGUAAUAUUAUGUACACUCUGUCGCGCGAUUGUUUUAGAGAGAAAGAAAAAAAACCCCGUUCCGGUUAAUUUACCGGGCCAAAUCUGGCGGCGGCGGCGGCGGCCGCCGCGUAGGUACCUACACUCUGCUCUGCCCGCGCCGAGUAAUACGGACGGCGGCCCGGACCGGAAGCGUCGUCGUCGUCGUCGCGCGAACAAAUAUUAUCGUUAAAUAAUAUUAUAAUAAUCGACGUAGGGGACGGACAUGAGAAAAAAAAAAAAAUAAACAACAUAAAAACACCGCAUUUUUUCACUCUUUCUCUUCCGUCCCGCGUCCUUUUUAUAUCCGACGAGACGCGCGGCGGCGGACGCAUAUUUUCGUGCCGGAGGCGGCCGUAAGGAAUGCGGUUCUAGGAUAUACGUAUAGGUGCGAGCGCGCGAUAAGGAACAUCCGGUCCUGCGUGCAGCAGCAACAGCAACGGCAACACCACCGGAUAGGGUCAAUGGGUUUUUUGUGUAUGAGGACGCGGCGGCGGCGGCGGCGGUCGUCGUUUACUCGCUCGCUCGCGCGCGUGUGUCCGUACAGCACAUAAUAUUUUUUGUGUAUACGCGUAGUAUUAUUAUAGUUGUAUGCGCGUGUAUGUUGGCGAGUAUAUUUCGUCUUUGAUCCGCGCUUCCGGUGCUGCGGCCGUAUCCACGGGGAUCCAUUACGCGGCCGCACAAAAGGACGAAUAACCAUAAUAAUAAUAAUAAUAAUAAUGUCCUUCUUUUCUUUCAUAUUUUCCUCCACCGUACCCACGGCGGGGAAGGAAAGGCCCGGACCGCGGCGCGCGUGUAUAACCCGCGGCCCCGGGGAUUUGCUCGCGUCGGAAUUCCGAAUUUUCGUACGACCCGAACGUCCGGUGGCCGGUUUCCACCGCCGUGAUAAACGUCGCGAUAUUAUUUCCACGUUGUAUUAUCGUCGGCUCGGCCGUAUCGAAACCGCCGGUGUACGCGCGAAACGACUCCGGCGAUAGGCUCGGUAAAUCCUUUUGUUAUCGAAUAAACGUAACGACAAAAAUCAAAUACAUCAUUCGUUUCGUCCACGCGGCAAAAAAUUACUGUCCGAUCGGCAGAUUUGGCGGACUUAUUUGCCGUGCACCGUCACGGCAUUUGCGGUUGAAUACGCUCAAUUCAGUGGCGGAUCCGAGGGGAGGUGGGUCUCGGCCUCCCUUCCAGACUAUAUAGACUAUACGAAAGUUUGUACUUUCGCGAAUAAUCAAUUGUUUAGCGCGUGUAAAAAUACAGCGAGAUUUUCAAUGAAGAAAACCGGAGGGGCGCGAUGAACGUAUUGAUCGUAUCCUAUAAUGAUGUAUUUUUAUUUUUGCUUUUGUCUGUGAACAAAGUUUCCACCGGAAAUCUUACUCCGAUCAGAAAAUAAGUUGGCAAUAAUUUAUCGGUGAUUACAGAUAUAAAUUAAAUAACCUUUUGCGUCCUACCUUCUCAACUUCCCACCUACAAAAAUCGGACUAGUAUUUUUUAUUUUUUUUUUUUUUUGGGAGCCCCCCAAAAUUCAACUCUGGGUCCGCUACUGACUCAGGUAAUAAUAAUUAUUCUUUUCAAUAGAUUUCAACAAAUUCACAAUCUUUGCCGCUGAUUCGAUAUACGAUUGCCAGUAGCGGAAACGCGUCAAAACUCGUAAAAUGUGAAUAAAAAAAAGUAUAUUCUUAACGAGACGGGGAAAACGUAAACGCAAACAGAUGCGAAAUAUUCUAUAACGGCCAUAUUGCAGCGAUACACAAGACGAAUUUAUCUAAAUACAUUGUAGUUUUUUUUUUUUUUUUUUUAUCUAGAUAAAUGAGAAAUAAAUUAUCUGAGCCAUUAUCUAAGAUAAAUAAUUUAAUCGGAUACAUUUUGUUUAACGUAAUUUAUAUAAUAUUUAUUAGAAAUAAUAGAUAGAAUAUUUAAUUUAUAUUAAUAAUAUACGGUUUACUAAUCAAGUGGACCUUUACGCGAAAUCUAAAUGUACACCAACAAUUCAGCACACUUUUACUACGAGUUUACCGCUCUGCUGAAUGAUUAUAAAUUAAAUUUCAAAUUAAAGAAAUUAUCUUCCUUUUUUUUUUUUCAAUCUAUUGAUCAAUAUCCCUGAUUAUUUAUUAUUUAUCUAUAGAUAUUUCCGAGUUUGUCAGUUUAUAUAACACCGAUCGGUUAGAACACGGCCCGAUGCCCGAGUGUAUACCUGUUAUUCGGAUAUUAUUUACCUCGAAAUAUCAUUAUUCUUCUCGAAUAUUCUCUACAUUUGAACUGGUUCCGUAUAGUUGGUCUAGCCGUUCGAAAUAUAAUAUUAUAUUAUAAAUACCAACGUGUACGCAACACAUAUCAUAUAUAUUUAUAUAUAUAUGGAUACCUACGCACCUCAUAACCACAAGCUGCAACGAAAUAAAAAUAUAAUCAAACGAAAAAAAAAAAUGUUCGACCUCAUAAACGCGCAUUCCGUCGGUAAAUACGAGUAUAAAGAUAUGGGUAUGCGGUUAACUUUGGAUUGUUUUUUAUUAUUAUUAUUAUUUUUUUUUAUCAGACUCAUCACUGUUAUACGUGUAUAAUAAUAAUUUUGUGACGUAUAGCUACGUAUAUAAUAUAUAUAUUUUUUUUGUUUUUCAUUAAAAUUUUUCCAACAGACGCGAGACGCGGUACGGUUAUAAUAAUACACGUGUAUAAAUUAUUGUAACAUAAUACACUCUCGGUCUUAAAUAUUCUUCUCGGAGCUUAUCUCGUCGUCUUAUGUCGGCGACCCGGGCGUACGUUAUGGUGACGAUUCGUCGGAAACUUUUACAAAAUGUAUGGGUACGCAGUGUAUUAUAAUAUCGAGUAAAAAACGUAUUUAUAAAUAACGUAUAAUAAUAUACCCGUAUGUAUACACACGCAGGCGUACAACUCGUGCGGUGACUUUUGCCGGAUAUUGUAGGUAUAUGUAUAUAUACACACACUUCAGAUCGGAGAUAUCGUAUAUUAUGAUAAUGAUUUACGAGUAGAUUCGAAUAAUACGCUGUUAAAAACGACGCGUGUCUGCGGCCCCUCGGGGCGGUGUUGUACAAAGAUGCGUUUUAAAAUAUCUAGAUAGUGAAAGAUAACCACUAUAGUAUCGUCGGUAUAUUGUGCCUAUACAGACGAAGAUAAAAGAUGUGCGCGCAACAGCAUUUGACUGUAUUAUCUAUAGACGAAAACGAAUAUAAUUAUAGGAACGUUUUAUCUGGAGACGGGAAGAAGAAAAAAAAGACAAUUUUGUUUGUCGUCUUUCGUAAAAAAAAAAAAAAAAAAACCGAGCGCGCUGAAAUCACUAAAAUAACCGUGCCUAGCGGAUUCGACAGACUCGCGCGUAAUGUUUCACGCGGAAUAACGCGGUGCGCGAUCGAUAUAACGCGACAAAAAGGAUUUUCGUCCAUGCGGGUGAACGCGCAUCUACAUACAGACGAUUCGAUUGUCUAUCUCGGAUAACAUGCGGUAUUAUCUAUGGAGCUACGAUAAAAGACAACGCUUUAAUAUCUGCGUGCACGCGGUGGCGUGACGUUUGACUUAGUUUUAUGGAAGGGGCGGGGAUGGACUGACACCUGAAUCGUUAUACACGAGGUUGUGUACACACAGGCUAUUAUAAUGUUCCACCCUAUCGAUCUCUCUACGCGGAGUGUUUUUAUAUUUGUAAUACCUGCACAAGUUAAUCGACGGGGAGUACGGGGAGGGGGGGCGAUCGCUCCCGUCGCCCACUACCUCCCUCCCCCCCCCCUCCCUGUAAUACGCCGCUGUGUGUACGGCCAAGACGCAACGCUGCGCGCCCCCGGGGGGAAUCGAGCGAGCGAGCGACUGAACAACGUACAUUAUCUUCUCGCAACAAAAGGAUAACAAUACCGGCGGAAUGCGCGCCAUCGCCGUCAUUAUCACCAUCGGAGCUGCUCGAUAACGCGCACAAUAUAAUAUUACAUUGUGUACAGCGUUACACUAUUAUUACGUACCCGCUGUGUGUUUCCCUACCGAUUUUUCCGCCAUAAUGUGCCCGGCACCCUAAAAACAAUGCGAAUUACAAUAAUGUUAAUAAUAAUAUUAUUAUACACGCGCAUUCGGAUACGCGCGAAGCGUGAUACACAGACCGCGUGUAAACGUCCGCCGACAGCGCAAUAUUAUUGUCCGUCGCGGCGUUCUUUUGUCGGGAUUUAAACGAGACGUAAUAUUCUUGCAGUAACAUUAAUACAAUAAUGUUGUUGUUUUCUAUAAGCCCCGUAAUGUCCUCGUCCGCCGCAGCUAUACGGACAAAACAUAGCGGAGCGUCUUUUGUCCGCGACGGCCAUCGGCCGUAUGAUGCGCGCAAUGAACAAACAAAUGGGUGGGGGGGGAAAGAAAAAGACGGACAUGCUUCGCACGACGGGCGGGCCGCCGUCGUAGGUGAGAAACAGGGAGGGUUAUGUAGGUUAUAUGGAGGGGGAAUUUAUUUUACAUCUGUAUGCGCGACUAUAAACCUAACCUCGCCAACGAAAAACGAUUCGGGGCGAAGUCCCUCUCACGUGUACCUGCUACGUGUACCUGCACGUACAUUUUACCAGUUUUUCCCGAUUAUUACGAAAACCGUUCGGACAAUCGAAAAUUGAUCUCUACAGUACCGACCGCGGAUAAAAUUUCCUUUCAGAAAAGGCGCUACGCACUUGAUACGUCGGAGCGGCAAGUUUUCCGACGGAAAAGAUGUUCGCGGAAAAAAAAAAUCACCAUCCUAAAAAAAUUAUCGAUCGACCGACAGCCGCGGCCGUCCGAAAAAAAUCGGACUGUUUAGUGACGACUGACGAUUCGGGUCAACGGCAAAAGUAGACGUAUAGGUCAAUAUUUCGGCCGUUUAUCCGGUAAUUAUUAUCCCGCGAGCAUGAAUUUACCGAAAUCGGAGUUACGGGUAUGAUGCUAUAAUCGCUCGAGUUAGGUCUGUUGCGGUUUGUCGUGGGCACAGUGAAAGGUUCUGUACUCUAGCGCCCUGUAAGUGAAGGCGAUACGGGCGUAUUGGAAUCCGUCGCUGCGAUGUUCGUUAUAAAUAAAUUCACCCUCGCACAGAAAAAAAAAAAAAUUAAAUUAAACGCCCAAAACUAACCCGCACUUGUCGAAUACAAUAAAAACUGUUCGGUUCGCGCAUAACCAUAUGAAAUAUUAUGCACGAUGCGUUUCUGAAUUGAUUAGCGCGAUUCGUUCGGUCAUGAAGACAUUUGUCGGUCUAUAUUCGGCGUAACGUUUUAUUCCCAUCGCGAAACCGUAGUUGUUCCGUGUACAAAUAAAAUGACGGAAUCCGCGAACACGACGAUAGACAAUACGACGCUCCUGCACGACUGCUCCACGGCGACGACGUUCGUGACAAAAAUUCAACAUCGAAAUUUCGCAAUUAUUGUAAUGCGAUAUUGUUUUGGAACAGAUGGAUCCGAAGACCGCGCGUUCGGCGGUAUGCCCCGAGCGGUUUGUUUUUUACGGUAUCCCCAUUAAAACAGAAAAAAAAAAACCGUCUGGACGUGAUAAUUAUCGGCUCGACGCCGCGUCUGCAUUAUAAACGUGAGAUCGUGACGCGACAGUCCGAAGACGCCGCGUGUCGUCGUACUGCAGAAAACGAAUUUGACGGACGAUAAUAAAAUAAUAAUAAUUAUCAUAAAAAAAUAAUAAUAUGAUAACGGUACAGAAACGCCUCGGAAAAACCGCUGCGAAACGUACGAAUUAACCGAAUUAACGUGACGAAUCGUUUAGGUUCCAAAUGAAUUGCGUGUACGAAAAACCGCGUGAUCAUAAUAAUGUAUACAAUUUUAUUUUGUCUUAAAAAAAAGACCGACGACGCUGGUGGGUGUGCCACUGUUUUAGUAGCGGAAUUCAAUUCGACCACGACAAACCGUUCCUAUACCGCGAUUCUGAUCAGAGUAUUUUUUUUUCUCGUUGCCGUGUUAACCCGGAAAUCAACAAAAACUGCCAGUUUUUCCGAUUUAUUAGGAAAAUUACAAUGAAAAUCAAAUGAUGGCUUCCUCGAUGCACCGACUAGGUCAAAAACAUAAAAUAAAGUCUCUGUGAAGUCUUUGAUUGGAGCAAGAUUUUCGUUGGAAAAUCUGUUUACUUCAAACGAAAUAAAUAAAAAAAAAAAAAAAACAGUAUAAUCCAUAUUAGUAUACGAUAUGCUAAAAAUUAAAAAAAAAAAUUGAAUAAUUUUGAAUGUUUAACGAUUUAAAAGUUUCGGUUGAAAGCUUUCGAUACUAUUAAUUGUCCUCGCCUUUCUCUAGGUGUUACGUAGGUAUAAAACUAAGACGAUUUUGCUGUAAAGGAAAUUUUUUAUUUCAUCGCCGGUCGGUAGAAAACGUUUGAAUCGAAAAAAGUAUACGGAACAAGUUUACUGCGAUAUGCGAUGUCGUACACGUGCCGCAAAGGAUUCGGGGGUGGGGGGGCGGUCAGACACGGACGAGAAACUUUUGUUGUAAUCGUGCACUAAUAUUUUACUUAAGAUUUUCAAUUAUAUAUUUCGGUAUUUUUUCUGCCCGCCCCUUUGUCUCGCAAAACCCACAGAUGAUGAGGUUCCCUUCACAAUAAUCCUACGAUUGUCCGUUUCGAUUCUCCAUGCCUCUCCGCUGUAGCUUUUUAUAGUUGCGCGGUAUUUUUCCCUGUCCGCGGUCUUUUUGCGAUUCGAGUCGUAUAUAUAUAUAUAUAAUAAGUAAUAUGCCGCCUUCGGUAUUGUUCUUGCCGCAUGUCCUUUGACGUAUCCUACAUUGCUUUUAAUAAGCUUUCGCGUCUUAAUAUAACAAUACGUUUCCUAAAGUCCGAUCUACACUAAGGCAACAUAUAACAACUUUUUAUGGCGAAGUAUGUUGACCCAACAAAUGUUCCUACAUAUGUCCAGAAGUUACUAAAUGUUCCAACAAUAAUUUGUUGCGAGCAACAAACAUUUCUCAUUGUUUCAUGUUUCGAUUGAAAGCGAAACACGUUACCACAAAACAAUAUAAAAACAAUAUAAUAAAUUGGUAAACAGGCGACAUGUAGCUGAAGGUUUAUCAGUGCGCACUCAGUUUAGUCUAGUUGUUUAUCAAAUGUUGCUGUGGUUUUGUUGCCAAAACAUGUACGCCAUGUUUUUAACGAUACAAUUUGUUUUCACGUGUUACGGAACAAUAGGAAAUUAUAGAUAAUUUGCACGUCGUUCUAUGUUGCCUUGGUGUGGACCGGGCCCAACAUAAUCCCAAUCAUCUUCCCGAUCGAACACAUAUUAACUAUACGUAUAUAACACAGUUGCCGUUUUCACUUACACAUUCUGUUAAUGAAACCCUCUUUGGCGCCGACUGUUCCAGUCCGCGGGAUUUCUAUAGCAUUUUCCCGAAGCACCGCGAGCUUUCGUCAGUUUAUUUUGUUCGGCUGAUUUUGCGGGUCUCACGACCUUAAAGCCAUUAUACAGGUACAUACAGACGCACGUUUAUUCUCGCCGAUCUCUCUAAUUACACACACACACACUAUCCGUUAUCAUUACCGAGUUUCCGUUUCGACAGUAACACAAAUACUCGUGCAAUAUACACGAUCGUUGGCGUAAGUUUUAGACGACCCCGGUCGCGCGACAAUCUAAUGUACUGCACAGGGUGUAUCUGCGGGAAUCGACAAUUUCCGAUGAGUGUGCAGUUAUGCGUACGCAACAUGGGAAACGGUCGAAUCUUGCGUACAGUGUACAUCACCCUGUACACGUUAUACGCGACGGCGGCGUACGUAUAGUACGCGCCGGUGAAAAAUCGUUUCGAAAAAAUAAAUUAAAAAAGGCGGACAGGUGGGAUUAUAAUAUUAUUGUAUAUACACACAUAUAUAUAUAUAUAUAUAUAUGUAUAAUUAUAGACAUUACGUAUGCGUCGGACGGACGCCGCCGCCGCUGUCUUUCACGAGACGUUUUAAAUUGCACGCGCGGCGGCGGCGACGGCGAAACGCGUUCCCCGACAGCGACACGACGACAUAAACUAUAUACGUAUAUAUAUAUUAUGUACGUAUAAUAUUCGUUCCGUAGACCGGCGGCGGCGGCGCCACACGGUUCCUCGCCGCCGCCGCCGCCGCCGCCGCCGUUAUUAUUAUCGUUACAUUAUUAUAGAUCGCGAGAACGCGCGGCUCCGCGGCCGCAGUGGCGACGGUCAGUGGCGGCGGCUGGCGACUGGCGCCCGAAUCGCGUCUGAGACCUGUCAUUUCCCGUUUUUUUUUUUUUUUUUUUUUCCCGUACGUAUAGGUAUAUACGCGCGGCGGGCGAGGGCGGUAUCCCGACGACGACGACGACGACGACGACGACACGGCCCCGCAUAUAAAACGCGUACAAAAGACGGACCGGGGGGGAAAAAACUAAUCGCACCGAUUUAUCGUUAUUAAAUAUAAAUACGACGCGCGCGAGAGUACUAAAACGGAUACGCCGUCGUCGUUUUUUCCUUCUUCUUUCACUUCUACAAACCCGAAACGUCAUAUUAUUAUCUCGUAGCGUUUUGUUUUGGUUUUUUUUUUUUUUUUUUUUUUUUUAUCGUUCUCUCGCAUUCCUCCGUCCCGCAGACUCGUGUCGGUCUUCUUUUUUUCUGCCACAGAGUGGGCGUCGUCGAAAAAAAUAAUACACACGUUUAUAACACAAAAACGCACGCACCUUUAUUACCCGGCGCAAGCAGCGUAAUAUUUUAAGAAAAUGCGGGUAAUAAACGCGGGAAAAAAAAAUACGACGACUACGACCCAACCGAUUAUCGUUGCCCGACCGACAUUAUCAUUGUUCGUGCGAUGUUUUUCGCGCGCCGUUAAGUUUGAAACGAUAAAUAAUAUUAGUGACCGUCGAUUGUUUUCGUAUACCUACUGUUCCCGGUGUUUAUUCACAGUAUUUCGUACCGAGAUUUAUUUACCGCCCCCGCGCAAAACCCCCGAAAUCAAUCGUCCGUUUUGUCGGUUUUAGCGUAUUAAUCAUCGGGAAUCCGCGUGAGAAUUCCGGGAUUCGCGGGGCGGAAAAAUGCUUUUUGCGUAUUAUUGCGCGACAUACUUUGUUAGCAUUGCACUGUUACAGCAACAGGUUCGGCGAAACGGAAGGGACGAGACCGGAUCUGAGACGGUGAUACGAUACAAAUAUCAUAAAGGAACACCGUUUUCGGGGGUUCCUGGGUGGGUUCGCCGCGUCAAAUAUUAUAAACAUUCGGAAUGGGAACAAACUAUAAGAGAUCCAUUCGGAAUCCAUGGUAUGAAUAAUGGUAUCGAAUGGUAUGGUUUUGCAUAAAAAUCGAAGUUUAUUUUCGAUCAAGUAUACGAUUCGCGAAUCAACGGCGUAUAUUUACGGGGGAGAUUAGCGAGACAUAUUAUCCAUCUUUACUUUUUUUUUUUAGGUAUCUAAUAUAUAAACGACACCUGUUUUUAUGUUGAAGUUUCUUUAUUACUUAGUUGCAAAAAAAAAAAAAAAAUCCACAACUUAAUGUGCUGAUACCUGUAUAUAGUUGAUGUAUCGAAAAAAACCGUACGUACGGUUUUUGGUUUAAACGAAACCUAUCUGAACCACUAUAAGUUAAGAAGGAGGUUAGAUUAUAGCAGUGCCGUACGCAGGGGAGAGAGGUUAGGGAUUAUAUCCCUUCCAUACAAAAAAAAAAAAAAAAAAAAAUACGAGUAAUCUAUUAUCGAAAUGCAUGUACAUUUCAGCCAAGUCACGAGGAAAAACUUGACGUAUCGUUUAGAAAUUGGUCUUUCUUAUUAUUACAUCUUUCAAAUUAUCAAUUCCCACAGUCGAGUUGGGCAGAGAAGACGAAUUUACGAUUCGUUCACGAUUCCCGUAUUAGCUACUUCCCAUACCAUUGAUAAUUCCCGAGCACGCCACUGUAGAUCAGUAGCUAAAUGUAUCUAAAUAGUAAAUACUCGUGAAUGAUUAUUUACCCGAAAAACAUAAAAAAAAAACUAUCGGAAAAUUGAUUUUUUUUUUAUUUUAUUUUAUUCCAAUCUAACCCGUGGUACACGUAUUUGAAUACGAAGCGAUUUCCGAAUUCGACAACAGCACUAUGUCGCCCGCCCGGCAAAAUCCUAUAAACACGCCACCGUCGUGUGACGGAACGUUCGCUUUCGUCGUGUUCGUUUGCGUUAUCGGGCGCGCGGGGAAAGAACCAACCCCGUCGGAACCCCUGCACACCUACGCGGGCGGACCGUGCGCACUCGCCGUACGAUCGCGGGGAAUCCGCCGCGUAAUCGCGACCUCGAAACCUCGGCGACAACAUCUGCCGCCGCCGCUGUCCCGUAACGGACAGGGACGACGUCUAAUGUUCGACUCGGCGGACCCAGUGCGCGCGCGUUUUAACUAUAAUACGCACACCGCGUCGCCGCCGUCGCGCGAUCAUCACCACUGUAGAGCUACGCGCGGCCGCCAUAUGCCCGUAACCUGCGCGUCCGGCCCGGUUCCUCUUCGUCCUACCACCCCCGGGCCGUACCAUUAUACCGCGUCGUCCCCCUGACGCGUCGUUGUUUUCUGCGCCCGAUUGUUUACGCGCGGAAAAAAUAAAUUCUCCCACGGUCGUCGCCGCCGCCGCCGCAUUGAAAUACCGUCGACGGCCGGUGGCCGCGCACUUCCUAUAUUAUUGUUAUUAUUAUUAUUAUUGUAUGCCUGCCUAUCGUAUGCAAAUAAUAUAAUACGAUCGCGUUUUCUCGCCGACAACAAUAUUAUAUUAUUAUUAUUAUUAUUAUUGUGAAUGACGGGGCAUCGAUACGACGAGACCGGUGCGCGCAUAUACGUUAUUACAACAACAACGACAACAACAACAACAACAACAACAAUAAUACCUAUACAGUAACAAUAAUACGUAUGCGUAUAAUAUUAUACACGAGUUGUCAAUCGGCGGCGGCGGCAACAACAGGUGAUUGAUGGGUCGUCGUGUUGGCGCGCGCGCGACGUGAGACCGCGACGGCGCGGCGAGUGGAAACAGGUGGGCCCGCGGCUGCUACAGUGGAAACAGGUGAGCCGCGGCGGCGGCGGCGGCGCGGUGUCCGACCGUGACGUCGCGUUUCCGUUUAUGAUUUUUUGGCGCGCACCGAGCGCUGCUGCACGACACACGCACACGGAUUAUAUAUUAUUGUGUACCGCGGGUCGGGCGGGGAAACCAGUUCCGAGCGAUGCACGGAAACCCUUCGACGCCCCUGCGCCCCGUCGACCGCGGACACGGCGCGAACCGGUCAUAGUAAUAAUAAUAAUAAUAUACAAGAGACGGAUCGCGGGCGACGCGCGCGCUCCCGACCGUUCCGUGAAUGGAAUGUCACGUGCGAUCCACAACGCGCGCGCUCCGCCACCGCCGCCGCUCGACGAUCUCUCUCGGCCGUCCGUCACGGACCGGCGACGACCGCGCGCGGUUCCCUUCCGAAUCACGACGUCCUGCCGCCGCCCCUAACGCUCGUCGCACGGUCCACAGCAUCCGCUGCUGGAAAAAAUACAAUUUUUCAGGCACGGAAACCCUUCUACGCUCCCUCCCUCCUCCGACGCACAAGACACGGUAGACGUGAUGUCCAUUCAUAGACUCUAGCGCGCGCGCGUUCUCGUACACACACACACACACACACACAAGAACACGUACGCACAGAUCUUUUUACGCCGCGGCUGUCAUCAAUGAAAAUCAACGACGACGAUUCAAUAAAAUACGCGCGUGCGCAACGUUCCGUCCGGUUUUCCCGUCGUACGACCGCGCCGGCGGCGUAUACGUACGCCGCCGUCGCAUCCGUUACGGUCUGGUUUUUUAUUUAUUUAUUUAUUUUUUUUUCAUCUUUUUUUCCCGCGUACCUUUACUAUUACACGUAUAGUAUAUUGUUUUAUACGUUAUUUUUUAUUAUUAUUAUAAGGAUAUUCCGUUUUUUUUUUCUUUUUUUUUUUCUCCUCCGACGUUUCUCUGAGAUUUCCGUCGUCACGACGACGCGCACACCAUCUGUUCGAUAAUAUUCGUCCCGCCGUCGCCGCCGCAGUUGUUUGCAAACAAUAUUAUAUAAGUUCGAAGUUGUUUAUUGAAGGCGUUUCGCACGUAGGUGCUUGAUGUGUUACGCAACGCGUAUUUAUAAUAUGCGCGUAUAAUAUUUGUUUAAUUUUUUUUUUCUCUCUUUCCUCAAAAAAAAAAAAAAAAUCCCUAUCGACCCGAACGACGGUUUCAGACGCGAUAACGACGACGGGAGGUUUUUUCUCUUCUUCGCGUUACACUCGUUACUCUAUUUCCCCUCCCCCGUUUCAUAACGUAAUGUUGUGUUAUCGGCGGUGGCCCCUCGGCUCUCCGUCCCGAGCGGGGCCGCCGGGACAAUAAUAAUAAUGAUAACGAUAAUGCACGGUCUGUCACGGCCCGCACACACGUCGUCUAACCCCGUGACAUUGUAACAACGUAGAUUACACAACCGACAGUAUGCGAUUCCGUUAACUACCGUUUUCUUUCAUUCCCGCCGGCGUUUUCCCGUUUGCCCACCGGACCGCGCGCCGCGCGUAUUAUCUCGCCGAGACGGACGAACUCGGAUUGUUGUUCCCCGACCGAUACCCAUCAUAACGCCCCGGCCGGGUUCUGUUUUUGCAUACUCACCGCGGUAUCCCACACGCGAAAACGAGAAAAACAAACAGCAGCAACGGCGAUGUGUCAUUUUAGGGCUAUCCGUUUCGCAAGAUGUUCGAAAAGCAGCCUGAAAAGUAAACGUACCCGCUUGUCGACGAUCGAUUACGCUGUAAAUAUAAAAAGAAAAAUACAAAAAAAAAAAAAAAUUUAUCCAGACACACUGUUGCCCGCGGUUGGACCGUUGUAUUCAAAUUGCGUUGGACAAUCGAACUCGGUCGUAUAUUUUAGGAUUGCAGUGGUUUUCCUCUGUGCCAUUAAAACAUAAUAAUAAAACGGGCACCUCAUGGCACCCUGGCGUAAAUUUAAAUCACUACACAAAUGUAAGAACCGAUAUGAAACGGCAGACAAAUCGCGGUGAAAUCGAACGGCGGAUCCGUUGGUUAGGUAGUGUGUAGUUGACGACCUUGAAUUUCGGAACAAGAUCCAGCGAUAAAAACGUACUCUUUUGCAUCGGGAGAAUUUAUUUGCGUUGGAUUUUUUCCCGGGAUUCACGUUUCUAAUUUCGAUUGAUGAAAAAAAUAAAAAAAACAAUAAUAAUAAUAAUAAUAACAAAAUCUGAUAUUAUGCGGAGAGGAAAAAAAAACACACGUACGGAGUAAAAAAUAUGCGCUUUAAAAUAAUAACACGGACGCGGGAUUCACGUUUCUAAUUUCGAUUGAUGAAAAAAAAAAAAAAAAAAAUACGUGACUGCCGGGCACCGCGCGUAUAAAAUCGUAAUUGCGGUAUCGGUAUGCGGUCCGUAAAAUCCCACCGAGAUAAUAUUCGAAUGUUUUCGUCGUUAAUCUAAUCGGAAAACGAUCGGCAAACGGGCGGCGUAACGACGCGUGUUUACAGCGGCCGCGAUCGUCCGUCGGAAUUUUCGGGCUGUCGAGAUUUGAUUUUUUUUUUUUUUCUUAUUCUUAAACCGCAACACGUUUGUUCGACGCCGUUUUUAUGCGCGUAAGACGCGCACCGAUAUGUGCCCGAAACGGUAUCGACAAAAACGGCAUAAGCGAACGGACGGGUUGGAAUGUGCGUGAAACGAUCGACGGUGGGCACAAAAGCCGGACGCCGGCGCGUAUCGCGCGCCGUUGAGUACCGCGGACACUGUCGCGGGCGGAAUGUCCACGCGGAUCACACGCGGGAUAAUGCGGUUUACGGGCGCCCUUUUGCGGGGUGGUGGGGGUGGGGAUGGGGUGCAAGAAAGGGAGAUGUUAUCCGAACCCGCCCAAAAAUCACUCUUGUUGGGCUUUGACACGCCGGAUGGUCAUCGAUUCGUUCGUGAUGGACCUAUUCACAUAACCGAACUUUUCGUACAGGUCUCGUGUUCACAUAUCCGUGUAUAGUUUUUUUUACAUCGCAUAAUCUUUAAACGUGUGUUUACGAAAAAAAUACACGGGUAUUUUACACGUGUGUUUACGACAAAAAUCCACGAAACCGUGUUUGUUCCUCCCCUGCAAAAUUACGUUUGCGUGCCUUCGGGUACGUACCGCAGAUAGCGGCGGCAAACCAUUGCGACCGAAAAACGAACGCGAGCUCCGUAAAUUAUAGUGUUAGUCGCGUCUUUCCCCCCACCCACACACACACAUACUCCCUGUUUACAUAGCCAUUAAGGUAACUGAGAAACGAACGAAGUUGACAAAAAUAAAACCAAUCCAAAUCGGACGUUUCCGCCAUCAGUUUACGUAUUUUUUAACUUUUUUUCCGUAAACCCGUUGGAAAUCUAAACAGUUGUUCGCGUGAAAAUACUGCAGGGCGGAAAUUCCGCAUUUUUUAACGGCGUAAAAAAAAAUAGAGACAUUUUUAUUAUUAACCGAAAGUGUUUUUUUUUUUUGAGAAAAAAAACCCGCACACGUCUCAGUAAAGCCGUAUCGCGUAGAUUUUUCGCUACACACAGAAUCGUCCGAAAACUUAUGCUAUUAUUGUAAUUUAUUAUUGUGUUAUUUUCCACGUGUGCGUUUUAUUUUUCGCAACCUACACUCGUGUUGCGCAACAGAUGCGCUGAAUAUCGUUUUUUUUUUUUGAACCGGUGCCAAAUCUGCAGUUUUUAAUCGCCGAUGCGUAUAUUGUGACGGAAAUUUCGGAUAGAGAGAGAGAGAGCGAUCGGGAGAACGAAAGAGAGGGGUAAAACGAAAAAAAUUAAAUUAAAAACACUGUCGAGAGAUCGAAAUGUGCAUGUGCAACGCGAAAACAUACCGCGGAGAUGACGUAAUAACGUACCCAAGACGACGACCGACGUCACAUCGAUAAUGUUAUUAUUGCAUCGGAAUAAUAACAACAACAAUAAUAAUAUUAUUUUUCUUAUAAAAACAUUCCAAUUAUUCGGUGGCGCGGGCGUAAUAUGAUUGAAAAAAAAAAAAAAAUUAAAAAUAACAAUAACAAUAAAAAAAAUAUGCGAGCCAACGCGCGCGUUUUUCUCGUACUAUUUACUACGUAGCCGAUUAUAAAAUAACGAUAAGUCACCGACGGAUACGACAGAUGUUUUGGACAUUGUUGAGAAAUUUAUUGAACUCGUAAAUCGUUGGUCUACUUCUACAGUUUGUUACGUAAAAUUCCUGUUUGGAUCCGAUAAUUAAUCAGUUUCGUUCUCGGUGUCGCUUCUCUCACGUUUCGAUUUGGUCAUUCUGUACAGAAUGCAAUUGCACGUGUCGUCGGUCCACUACGCAUCCGCAUUCGCGUUCAGCAGUCUCUCCAUUUUUUCACCGCACGAGGUUCUUUUUUCGCCGCCCGAUCGUUAAAUGGCGGUUUAAGGUUUUUCGUUGUCCACACUACGGGCUCCUUGCCGGGGAAACGUUAUGAAAACGAUUACGCGCGGCACACCGCGUAAGUAAGUGUCACACACGUCUGUCGCGCGGGAUUUCGGUUUUCGAAAUUGCGAAGCACGCGGAAUCGACCACCCAAUAUAUCCAAUACAGGGCAAUCUAGUUUUGUGUCUACGUUAUUGUGUAUAUUGGACACCGGCGAUAGUGAUUUAGCGCCCGGCGUUUACGCGGACACGCCCGUGCGACGCGAAAGGAAACGAACAACGUUCGCGUACGAAUACAACGCGAAUGAUAUUUUGUGCGCGCGCGCGGUGUGUGUUUGAAUUCCGAGCGCAGCGAGGGAUGUGUUGGUUUUGAUGAUGGUUAUUUUUUUUGUUUUCUGUGGACGUCUUUUCGACCAGCGACCUUUGCUCCGAACGAAAUCUGACUGCGGAGGUACUCUAAGCAGGUCGUUUUUUUUUUUGUGAUCAUUCCGAGAGUUUUCCCGAUAAACGGGAAAAACGGGGAAAAUAGGUAGGUACGACAUUGAGCAAAUUUUUAUUAAAGAGAAUGCAUAACGCACCGCUCUGUACACGACAACAGUGACGCCGACACGCAAUACGCGAACGGACGCGGCAGUAAUAACAACGCAGUUUGUCGGACGAAAUCUAUAAGGAUAUUUCGUUUUCCCUUUGCUCUAACGUUUUCCAGUAUCGCGACACUGUUGCAGUCGUCUGCACAUUGCAUUCGGCCGUACAUUGUUAUUGCGUAGUUGAAAAAGUUACGCACAGAUACGCGCGCGGUUCCUCUCUCCCCCUCCCCCUCCCCGCACAAAUAUUUAUCACGGUCCGCGCCCGGCGGAUUCGCGGGUUUCUCGAGAAUAAUAACACGUUUCCCGUACAGUUGACAUUUCGUACGCGAUUAAUUGAACGCGCGCGCGAUAUUUUAACGUUUCAGAGCUCGGAGGAAGAGUUGCCGGUGUGCGAAAAGUGGGCGGUGUGCAGCAAGGUGGACAUGUACCAGUGGCCGUGGGUGGAGAGGCAGUGCAGGUGUCCGUCGGGCGGGCCGCCGUGCUCGCAAAUGCUGUCGCCGGCCGACGGGCACACCAUCACCGACAAAACGAGGCAGUUCAAGGUAAGAAUGACGCCGUUGGCUGUGCGAUCCGACCGGGCCAACUCCGGCCGCGCCGCCGGCCGGGGAAGCCCUUUCGCGAAAUCGUUUUUUUUUUUUUCGGCGACGAACCUGCGCAAUACGAACCGCCCUCCGCGGCCGGGCGCACCCGCGGAAAUACGAACGUAUUGCGAUGUCCCGGAAAGACCUGCGUUGCCGUUCACUUUCCGUCGCCCUCGUCUUCAAGCCGGCCGACCGACUUUACACGUUUGUAUUUCAAACGGCCCGCGUGCAUGCUGCGAACGAAAAUUCGACGAAUAGACGGUGUUUCGGUUUGGGUCCGUUUUGGCGUUGACAAUUUUUGAUUUCCGUCCGCCCGUCGUCGACAAGACAUUUCAUGCUUUCAAGUGUGGGGCGGUUAGGCGCCGCCUGCCACUGUCCGAACUCGAGAAGCGGAAUAUCGAGCGUCAACGGGUCGACGGGAACCGACGGUUUCCGCGCCGAAACGUAUUUAGACCGAUAUUGCCGCGUCUGUUCGGGGUGUUUUCAACGCGGGUCGCCGUUCGGAAACCAACAGUGGACGUGGUACGUCGGUUCGCUUCCGGCAACACGGGUAAAACGAAAAUUAACGCUCUCGCGACGUCCGUGUUGUAAUGACUUCGCGGGACGAUCCGCCGUUGUAUUACGCACGGAAGAAUAGUGUCGAACAAUAAUCGCGAACACCGAAAUCGGUUAGGCGCCGCGCUCGCACGUCGCACCGGACGCGCCAAGCGUCAAUAUUGUAUUUUAAAACCGUGCACGUUUUCAUGCCGACAGUUGUGCGAGCCGAUCAAGAUGUUGCCCAAGUGCCGUUACUUCCGCGACAUGGCGUGGACGUUGCGCAGCGAAGGAAACGGGACGCUGCAGAUCGUCCACUGUCACUGUCCAAAGGGUUCGGUUGCCUAUCUGCUGAAGCGGCAAGCGUACCAGACCGAGUCCAAACAGAUCGGAUACCAGUACUCGUUCGCGUGUUCCCCGCAGAGCGUAAGUGUUCGUGUUCGUCUUGUAUUAAUCGUAUUUAGUUUUUUGUUUUUUUUUUUAAACUUGGCGAUAUACGCCGGUGUGCGGUCCGUCGUCGUCGUCGCGGGUGUUGCGGUUCCGGUACAAAUACCUGACACCGGCCGCAGCACUGGUCGGGCGGGUCAGUGUACACCAGUUAUUCAGGGCCUUAAAAUGCGUUAGAUUUCACGGGGCCACGCUUUUUAAUUCGAUCGAUAGAGUUAAUAGAUUUUCAUAACGAAAACAAUUGAAACCUGUGGCGGGACGUAGCUCUCUACACACUAUACUGUCACUAAUUACCUUACACGUUUACGCUAUUUAUAUCUAAUACGUGUGCGCUAAAAAAUUAUCAACACGAAAUAAACAUAAGUAAAAGCUUAAACAUGUUUACUAACAUAAAACGAUUUAAAAUUAAUACCGUGUAUUGGUUUGAGUGAUUUCAUUAUUCGAUUGUUAUCAUCUUUAAACAUACUUCCACAGUAAUAACUAUUACGCGCAAUGUUACGUUCGGUAUACGCAUUCGUAAAUCAGGGGCCACACUUUAAUUCAUCGAUAAAAUUGCGGACGCACUCGGGUUAUGAAAAAAGUAAAAAUGUUAAACGGGACGCACUCUGGAUAUCCCCGAUAAACCGACGAAACUAAAUAUCGCCCAUCGGUAUUUUCGUAUUAUCCCGAUUCCUGACCAUGUAUACGUCCGAAUAUUCUCGUGUCCUAUCUGUACGACGUGAGUGUGUUUUUUUUUUUAAAUUUCUCCCGGCCACCCAUUUCUCUAGACACGUCGUGAUUAUCUAUAUCGAAUGGGUUUUAUAGGACGCUGGGACAUAGGCGUCGAGUACGCGGGGAGGGCUCCAUGGCCGCAGCCUCCGUUGACAAUAUAUCAAACCAGGGCUCAGCAUCACCCAAAGGUUUUCCUGAAGUUUUUAGGUUAGAUUAGGUUUUAUUGUCUUGGCUACAAUUAGUUUGCGCACAUUUUAACGUUUCUCAGUUAAUACCCGGAACUCGCUUGCGCACGAAAUAUUAUAAAAUGAACAACUCGCUAACACAAUAAUAUGAUAUAUGUUUAUACGUACGUAAUGGUAAUACGUAUACCUAAACAUGCACGCAGACAACGGUGUUGUCGGUAGUAAAGGAUUUACGAUUAAGAGUAAAUUGAAAUUGAAAUCAAUAAAAAAGUAAUGUUAGUGACUUUUGUCCGAAUGAAAUAAUACAAACAAUUGAACGGGGUACGCGUACCAACGCAUACAAUUCAACCUAACCGCUUUCAAACAUUUGAAGUAAUUAAAAUAAAUGGCAACUUCAAAUGACCGCAUAACGUAUACCGGGUGAUUUUUUUUAUCGUUAAACACUAACAUUAUCUCGGAAAGUAUUUAAUUUUUUCGGAAUCUGUUUUUUAGAAUAUUUAAGAAAAAACGGCUUUAAAAUUUUACAUAUUUCACGUUAUUUUUUUUUCAUUCUUAUUUUCGGGGGGUGAAACCAGUACCUACCUACUUUUUAUUUUCAAACGACAAACUAUAUGAAAAAUUCCACAGUUAGAUGAAAUAUUAGUAAAAUAAAUUUUGGUGUUGAAUUUUUUGAUUUCCGUAAAUCCGUUAACUAGAUAUUCCACUUUUUAGUAUGGGUCGGGGGAGAGUAGUGGUGUAUUAUUAAAACGCCGCUCACUGUGCCGCCACACAAAUUAUGUGCAUGAUGUUCCACUACUCUCCUCCGACCCAUACUAAAAAGUGGAAUAUCUAGUUAACGGAUUUACGGAACACCCCCAAAAAUAAGGGUGACAAAAAAAAAAAAAAAUUUGAAAAAUAGUCAUUACUUUUCGAUAUAUUGAAUGUUUAACGAUAAAAGAAUCACCCGGUACCUAUAUAUAGAGAGCGAGCCGGAAUAUAGAAAAGUUUUUUGUUCCGAAUAUUUGUAAGCCUGCAGUUUUUGGUACGUGAAAGUUGAUGAUAUUUUUACCGUUGGAAAAACAUCACCGUCGGAUGCUUGUAAGCCGAAUUUUACUAGGAUGAACAUAACGAGGGUUUAAUACUAUGUAUAUCGGAUGACGCCGAGUUGACUCUCUUGCAGAGGAUCCGGGAGCAUUGAAUCGACACGAGGUGUCAGUCUCUGUAAGCUAUAAUAACAUACCUAAUAUAAUAGGAAAAACAAUAUAGUGCCGUACAAUCGAAUUAAAAAAAAAAAAACCACCGUCAGGAUUAAAUUUCCGAUAGGGGGACGAAAAACCAAUUCAAUUAUACCGCAGUACGUAGGGCGUUCGAUUACAAUAUUUUUUAGAUAAUAGGCGAAGCUUUUUCCGUUGUCCUUGUUGCUGAACAAAUUUUGAUCAAAAAUUGUUCUUCGUUUAACGAUAUCGAGGUUGGUUUUUUCUGCAUAGAGAAUUUCGAUGCGUUAGGGAGGCGGUUUUUUCGAUUUUUUUAAGUAACGAAUGGAAACGUCAGGAAACCGGGAAUAUUUACGCAAAAACGAUUUCUGUUAAUUAUUAUACGAUCGCAGAAACAUCGUGACAUUUUCUCCAAAUUAAUUAUAUGAACUGCAAUUUUAUAGACGCGGUUACAAUAUAAUUAUUGCAAUUUUUGAUAGUUCCCACGUUCUGUUUUUAGUCAUAUUUCAUAUAGCUAUUUUAAACCGUUUUGGGUUUUAUUUUUUUUUUUUUUUUUUGGGGGGGGGGGUUGGAGGAAGAGGGUUCUCUGCGUGAUGGAUAACAUUAUGUUUUUUUAUCGGCGUUUUAUGACCAGCAUUCCGCGACGAACGACCGAUCGACACACCCGGCGUGUAUACAAGUACACGAUUUUUUAUUGGUGACAUUGUCUUACCGACAUUUUUUUUUCCCCACAGAGGAUCCGGUGUCAGCGUAAGGAACCCUGUCGGCUGUUCACCGUGCGCAAGCGACAGGUGAUGGUGGACGAAGUGAACACCAACGCUCUGUGCCAGUGUCCGCAGCAGCACGCGUGCCCGUCGCAUCACACCGAUGUCGGGGUGAUACAGAGCAAGAAUUACUCGGAAGAGAACAUCAGGACAUACAGCGGAUAUUGCAUGCCGUCGACGGCGGACGACCACUAAGAUCGCCCGCAACAGCGAGAACGAUAUUUUCAAUUUUCAACAAUUUUAACGUUUAAACAAAUACAUAGGUAUAUUUUUUUAUAUAAAAAAAAAAUUCCCCACGAAAAUGCGAUUAGGUAUUGAGAGCUUAUAUUAAGCAUUAUAGCGAGAGAGUGACCGGACGCUUGAUUAUGCGCUCCUACUGGUUGGCCCGGUUAUCAGUGUUAUCCGUAUCCGCGGGCCGCCAUACUGUUUGACGUGUCUUAUACGUCGAUCUACCGUUAGGAUUAGGUAUAUAAUAAUAUAAUAUUAUAGUUCUAUACGGUAGUUAUACUAUAACAGUAAUAAUAAUAAUAUUACCGUUAAUAUUUCAAUGGUUAUCGCAAAAUUCUAUUACAAUAAUGUAUUGAUAACAGUUGAUAGUAUAAUAAUUUUGUCCGUGGAGACAAAAUGGAAGUCCGUUUAAACCGUGAUAAGCUGAAUAACCUGAGCUAACGUAACCCGAAAGAGGGGUCACUCUUUCACUAUAACAAUAGACUAAAAUUGUCUGAUAACGAAAAUUUGAUGAUAAUAUUAUGAACGGUUCUUAAUAAAUCGUUUUCACGGUUCAUUCCACAAGAAAUACACGGGCACAAAGUACUUUAAUUUUUUUAAUUUUUAGUUUUUUUCUUAACUUAUUAACUAUUAAAAAUGUAUUGUUUAUAAGUUUUCACUUAUAUUUGUACACAAAAUUAUGCAUAGGUAUUGUAUCAGUUACAGAUAUAUUUGUAUGCCCAUGAAGAAGUAGAGAAACCAUAUGAUAGUAUUUUGUAAGACCAGUUGGACAUAUACAUGUAGUCUUGUGAAUAUCUUUAAAAAAUAUCUAUGAAUAAGAAUAGACAUUUUUAAAAUGAUAAUUCAAAAAUUUGUUAUAGAUUAUUUACCUUAACAUUAUAGAGUUUAUUUUUCAUACUAUAGCUUGUGCUUGCAGGCCACUUAAACCCCCAAUGACGGACGAAUAACUAAAGCUCACAACAAACCCACUUUUAAAUUAAUUUUUCCCCUUAAAAAUCAUUUGGUCUUCAACAAAAUUUACAACUGUAGAAAGUUUUAUGUUGGAAUAAAAAGAGAAGCAUAAUGUUGUUAAAAAAUUAAUUUAUUAGGUACAAAGAAAAAUUCAAAAUGUUUGAAAAACCAUAAAUUAUAAUAAAUUAAACCAAUAUAAAACAUGAUAAUUUUGUGGAUAAGAACAAUUUGAGUGAAAAAACUGUGUCAAAUAAUAUUCUCUCUAACUCUUAAAGUUCAUUGAUAUGAGAAUAUUCAUCUGUGAUAAGAACAAUUCUGCAAAAAAAAAACUGUAUCAAAACAACAUCUAUGAAUAAUAUUUGCGUACAAAUAUAAGUAAAAACUUGUAAACAAUUAAUUUUUAAUCGUUAAAAAGUUAAGGAAUAAACUUAAAUACAAAAAAAAACCUAUUUUUUCAUGCAAAUGUAUUUCUUAUGGAAUGAAUCGUCAUAAUUAUUAUACAGUUUCCAUUAUCUAUCAAACCGUUUUAGUCUAUAAAAUAUGUUCUCUAAUUAUAUCUAUAUCAGAAAACCUGCAGUAUAAUAAAUAAUGCCACGGGUUUUCUUUUCACCAUAAUAAGCAUUUCGGUUUAUUAUAUAGAAAGUUUCAUUGUGUUCAACAUUUAAUCUCAAAUUUAUACAGACAAAAAAAAAAAAACAAAACAUUUUUUUUUUAAAUUCAAUUACAGAUUAUUUAUUUAUUAUCGAUCCAUAAAUUAUUAUUUUAUACCAAAAUCAUUUUAAUAAGAUAAACUUAAUAUUAUAAAGUAAAUAAUAUAUUUUAUCGUGUAAAUAAUUUUUCACUACACCGAUAACUACGGUUUAUUUUUAUUAUAUUAUACCUUUUUUUAUACGAUGUUCUUGUUAUUUAAAUGUUUAGAAUGUUUUUCUUUUAGACUUUAUUUGUACUAUUAUUAUUAUUAUUAUUAUUAUUUUUUUUUUUUUUUUUUAGAAUGGACAAAUCAUUUUUUUUUUAUACCUUUAUUUAAUCUCGUGUAAAUAGUUAUUAUUAUUAUUUUAUAGAUCGAGUUGUACAAUCCAUUUAUUUCUUAUGAAAUUUUUAAAGACGUUGAGUAUCAAAAGAAGAAUAUUUUUAUUAAAAUUUACAAGCAUAUAUA